AUGAGAACAAUUUUGUUGCUUCCCUUGCUACCCUUUUGCCUCAUAAACCUCAUCAUCAAUAUUGUUUUUGUGACUAGUCAUUCUAUUGGUGAUCAACAAUCUUUGUUGCUUCAAUUGAAGAACAACCUCACAUUCAACUCAACCAUCUCAAAAAAACUUGUUCAUUGGAAUAUAAGCAAACCUUGUUGUGAAUGGAAUGGAGUAACAUGCAACAACAAAGGACAUGUUAUAGCUCUUGACUUAAGUCAUGAAUUCAUCAAUGGAAAAUUUCCAAUUGAGAUCUUCCAAAUACCCUCACUACAAGUGCUUGAUGUUUCUUAUAACCUUGGUCUUCAUGGCUCUCUACCAAACUUUCCACAUCAAGGAUCUUUGCACAACUUGAAUCUUAGCCAUACAAAUUUUUCAGGACCAAUUCCAGAUUCUAUUCACAAUUUGAGGCAAUUGUCUACAUUAGAUCUAUCAAAUUGUCAAUUUAAUGGUACACUUCCUAGUUCAAUGUCUCAUCUUACAAAUCUUGUUCAUCUAGAUUUGUCAUUCAACAACUUCAUUGGUCCUCUCCCAUCUUUUAAUAGGUCUAAGUCCCUCAAAGUUUUAUCCCUCAAUCAUAAUGAUUUCAAUGGUACAAUUCCAUCAACUCAUUUUGAAGGACUUGUAAACCUCAUGAGCAUUGAUUUAGGUGAUAAUUCAUUUGAAGGAAGAGUCCCUUCAACAUUGUUUAGACUUCAAUCUCUUCAACAACUCAUGCUUUAUUACAACAAAUUUGAAGGGGUGUUAGAAGAAUUUCCUAAUGCUUCUAUGUCAUUAUUAGAGAUGCUUGAUUUAAGUGGAAACAAUUUUGAAGGGUCUAUUCCUAUGUCUACCUUCAAACUCAAAAGACUUCGUUUGCUUCAACUUACCAAAAACAAGUUCAAUGGUACUAUACAACUUGAUGUCUUUGGUAAGCUUCAAAAUUUAACCACACUUGAUCUUGGACACAACAACUUGUUUGUUGAUGCAAAUAUAAAGGAUGGAAGUGAAGCAUCAUCAUUUCCUAGUUUGAAAACUCUCUGGUUACCUUCAUGCAAUUUGAAAGCAUUCCCUGACUUUUUGAAAUAUAAAUCCUCAAUGCUCUACCUAGACUUAGCCAACAACCAAAUUUCAGGAAAAGUUCCAAAUUGGAUUUGGAGAUUUGAUUCUAUGGUUAUUCUAAAUAUUUCCUAUAACUCACUAACAUAUUUUGAAGGGCCUUUACAUAAUCUUAGUUCAAAUUUGUUUAAACUUGACCUUCAUUCCAACCAAUUCCAAGGCCUUGCUCCAACUUUUUUGAAAAAUGCAAUCUAUUUGGACUACUCAAGCAAUAGAUUCAACUCUAUUAACUUGAGAGACAUUGAGAGUCACAUGCCUUUCCUAUAUUAUCUCUCUCUUUCAAACAAUAGUUUCCAUGGAACGAUCCAUGAAUCCUUUUGUAACAUUUCAGGUCUUAAAGCACUGGAUCUUUCUUAUAAUAGCUUCAAUGGAAACAUUCCAAUGUGUUUGUUAAGAAGAAGUAGCACUCUUAGGCUACUAAAUCUAGGUGGCAAUAAACUCAAUGGUCCUAUUUCAGAUACAUUUUCAAAAUCAUGUGAUCUAAGGUUGCUUGAUCUUAGUGGAAAUCUUUUGAAGGGAACCUUACCAAAAUCUUUGGCCAAUUGCAAACACCUUCAAGUACUAAACCUUGGGAAAAAUCAAUUGAUUGAUGAAUUCCCUUGCUUCUUGAGGAAAAUUUCCUCACUAAGAGUCAUGAUUUUAAGGACAAACAAGUUGCAUGGCAAUAUUGAAUGUCCUAAGACCAAUGGAAAUUGGGAGACACUUCAAAUUGUUGAUCUAGCAAAGAACAAUUUUAGUGGUUCAUUACCACCAUCAUUGUUACAAAGUUGGAAAGCAUUGAUGAUCGAUGAAGAUAAAGGUGGCAAGUUUGGUCAUUUAUUUUUUAAUCUCUAUGAUAACUUCAACCCUACAAAUGUUCAAACUUCAAUAGUAGAUCUCAAUAGUGAACUUCAAAUGAAGUUAGCUAAAGUUAUAGCAGCAGAACCACCUUAUUUGCUUGAUCACAUAGUCUCUCAUAUUUUUGAGGAAGGUGUUGGUCUUAGAACUUAUGAGGAUUCAGUUACAAUUGUUAACAAAGGUACAACAAUGAAUUUGGUUAAAAUCCUCAUUGCUUUCACUUCACUGGAUUUCUCAUCCAACAACUUUGAAGGACCAAUACCAAAAGAACUUAUGAAUCUUUCAGCACUUCAUGCUCUUAACUUGUCACAAAAUGCUUUCUCAGGUAAGAUACCUUCUUCUUUAAGCAAUCUCCGAUAUCUCGAGUCCUUAGAUUUGUCCAUGAAUUCCUUAAGUGGAGAGAUUCCUACAGAGCUUGCAAGUUUAUCAUUUCUUGCAGUCAUGAACCUUUCAUAUAACCACUUGGUGGGAAGAAUACCAACUGGGACACAGAUUCAAUCAUUUCAAGCAGAUUCAUUUAUUGGCAAUGAAGGGCUAUUUGGACCUCCUUUGACUCCAAUUUCCAAUGGUCAAAAAGGGUACUCACCAGAACCAGAAGCAUCUGAAACACAUGAUGAGAGUUCAAAUAUUGAUUGGAAUUUCUUGAGUGCUGAGUUGGGAUUCACUUUUGGUUUUGGAAUUUUGAUACUACCCCUUAUUCUUUGGAAGAGAUGGAGGAUGUGGUACUCCAAGAAGGUGGAUGACAUGCUUUAUAGGAUCAUUCCUCAACUUGAUUUUGUACUUGAACAUCAUGGAGGAAAAAAGUACAGAACUUUAAGGUGGAAACCAUACUGA